AUGGGUGAAAAUGACAACGCUCAGCAAUUGGUCGAUGAGAUAAACGGUAACCUAAUUGAAUGGACAACUGGCGGCGACUCAGAGAGGCUUAUUUUCCGGCUCCUUGACCUCUAUAACCGCUUUAUGGUCGCCGUUCACCGCGAUUUAGUGUCCUGUGGAGACCAAGGCCCUGCACUGGCUACUGCAGUCUGCAUACCCCUGUGGGAAAUGCUACACCUUUAUAGCGGUCCCCUAGGACCUUUCCGUGCCUCAUCCAAGGCGUUUGCUAUUACGCUUUUGACGUCACUGUACCCCAAAACAAGAGAUCGCCGAUGUCUUUACCAGCAAUUGGGAUGUAUUUGCAGUUUAGGACAUCCGCCCGUACCACUAAGCUGGUGCUUACCCAUGUCGACUGAGGUUGUGGAGCAUGUUACUGGCGAUGGCUCCGCUGAGGACAGUUAUGAAGCAGUCGUGGGCUAUGUGCGAAACACAGUAUCGGCUGAGGGUAACAUUAUCCGUGCUAGCUCUUCCAGCGUUCUCAAUGAAAAGGUGGGAAUGUUGUUGGAAGACGUUCUUCCACGAUGCUACCUCGUUGUGGAGGAGUCUGCUACGGCUUGCAAGGAGAUAUCAUACGAAAACGCUAUAAUAAUAACUAUAGGUGCUAACGAAAGGUCCCCUUCGCGUUCCUUAUGUGUGCUAAAACCAGUCAUAUGGAAGUAUUUGGUACUCCUUCAUGUGUAUUCACCCGAAGAUGCGAGGUCGUUGGGCAAUUACGUAACAAACUCCUCGUGGGCACAGAGAACUGUACGUGUGUCGGCUCAAUGUGAGGCGACCUAUGCUAGUCUUAUUGGGCCAAUUGUACACGAAGCUGCUGUGUGCACUUCCCUAAUAGGGUCUAACGCCAAUGCAGCACCCGACAAUACCCCAUUCCUCUGCCCUCGGUUGCUGGGAACGUUGUUGCCGACUGGCUGCCGAAAAGGCGGGUUGGUAGACGGGUAUGGGAACUUAACAACCCCCUUUAAGCCGAAUAAAAUUAUGAGGCGAGGGGAAACUGUGUACCAGAAUGUCGCGGCGAGUUUGCAUAGUGCAUUAACUGAAUCCAUCCCUAUGGAGCUUUCAUUUUUUAACGCGAGCAGCUCGUGCCGUGAUUGUGACAAGUUGACACUGAUGUGCCGCAGUGCAAUGCUGACUUCGGUGACACAAAACUCCAGUAUAAAGGGACUUCCUGCUUCCGUCGUGGGGCGCAUGCUCUUUGACCGCAAAAGGGGACGGGACGAUGUUUACGAGGGCCCGAUGUUUUUGCCCUCAACUUCUACUCUCUCUGAUCUACUAGGCGAGGACGAGGAAAAUAAAAUGUAUUGCACAUUAGAACGCAUAGCAGCUACACAUCAUCCGGUGUGA